UGGCGAAUAUAUAACACUCAAUCUCUUACGGCUGAUCCCAUUUUGCGUGUUCUUGGCGCGAUGUUAUUUUUCUAAAAGUGAAAGUGAUCGAUUUGAGGUUUCGGUUGAUUUCGGUUUUUUCCUUUAUUUGGUCAUUUUCACUUCAAUCAGCGAAAUGAGUCGGUGGCACGCUACAGUAGUGGUUUUAGUGAUAUGUUUAAGUUAUACCACAUCUCAAGUACCGCCAAGACUGCAGAUUCCUGGAGCCAUCCCUGUAGGCCGCCCAGCCCCAUUUAGAACGCAAAGUGCGCCCCCCAGCGUCAGGCUGCGUCGGCCCAAUGCCAUCCCUUCAGCAGCUAGAGAAGUGAGGCCAGUGGUGGAAGAAAUAGAGGAGCCCAACUAUCCCCAACCCAGCCCCACAUCGGCUUUCGAUGACGAAGUGAACAAAUUGGGGCUGUCGCUUCAGUCGGGGGCUCGAGACGACGAUGAAGCGUACCGCAACAGGGGCGGACAGAGUGACCGAGCCACUCCUUUGCCAUUCAGGCCAGAAAGGCCGGUUCCAAUCGCUCGCGAGCAGAUCAGGGACAAGCCCUUGAUAUCGCGGCCUUCAGCCCCUCCUCCAAGGCCAGUGCUUCGGCAGGAAUUUAGGGACGAGCCUCAGCCAAUCAGACAGCAGGCCCCAGUCAGACAACAGAUCAGCAGACCUGCUCCAGCUCCUCAAACGUUCAGGGCUGCGCCCAAAAUCGCCGCCCGCCAGCCGGCUUACGACGACGAAGAGGAUUUGAGGGAAAGAAAGCGGAAGCCAGUGAGCCAAAUUCUGAGCAAAUACCGCAAUGAUAACGAAGACGGAAGCAUCACAUGGGGAUUCGAAAAUGAUGAUGGCACUUUCAAGGAGGAGACUUUGGGGGCUGAUUGCAUCAUCAGGGGCAAAUACGGCUAUGUGGACCCUGAUGGUGUUAAGAGGGAGUUCUCCUACGAAACCGGCAAUAAGUGCGACGAGCCGGAGCUGGACGAGGAAGAUCUGCUGCCUCAGAAGCCCAAUAUUCCCCAGUCGAAGAACCGACCUUUACCCUACAGGCCGGCUCAACCUCAAUACGUAAAUUAAUUAUUUAUGUGACUUUAUCAAUUUGCUUUUGUACAUAAUCCUGGUUUGCCAUUACUUUUUCCGUUCACAUGAAACCAUUUUUGAUUGUAAGUUCUAUCUCAUAGCAUCUCUAUUAAUAAAGUUGUCCAAAAAGGAUCUAAGGCGUUGUGAAAUGUUGAUUAGCUCCACGUGCUGCAAAAGUAAAGAACAUUUUCUCGUCUAAAGACACAAUUCAUGGAAAAGCGCUUAGCUAUAAAUAAAAAACCCAAAAUCACGCCAGCGGGAAGGCAAUAAAUUCCUAGUCCUCAUCUCAUUAUUCCAUGAAUCACCCACGUUUUAUGACUUGAUCUCGCGCUCUUCAGAGAAGAACCUGAACAACAUUUACUCAGCGGAAAGAUUUCAUCUAAAAUUUGCUGCGCAAACAAAGAUUAAUUCCCAUAUAAUGAGCAAUGGGGCACCUAUGUGGCUAUAAUUGAAUUUUUCCAAAUGUAUUUGCAAUAAAUAUCACAGCUGGAAUUGUCCCUCAAGUCACCAGUUUGCCAAGCUUAAACAACAAUAUUUUCGAGCUGAAAUCUCUAAGCAAACAUCCAAGAUUCCACAUCAAACAAGAUUUGUCCCCAAUUAACCAGGGGGCCGAUGCAUCAUCGCAUUGUAAACAUUUAUUGCUUUACAACUAUCGCCAUCCAAAGUUUCAUAUAUAACCGACUGGGACCCGCCUUGCAGCCAUUCACACGCAACAUCUAACCAGAAGCUUCCAAAAUGAAAUCCACAACUUUCCUAGUGAUUCUAGCGCUGUUGUUCACUCUAAACCACGGUGCCCCUGCCACAUCUUCAACCGAUGCAGACCUGGAGGAGUCAACAACUGAUAUUGGAAGCGAGCCAACCAUCGCUGCAUCUUCCAGAGAAUCCACCACACUUGGGGCGGAUUCCACAACAGAAACAACCACGUCCCAAAGUGAAACUGCUGCUCCAUCCAUUCCUGGUGGAAACUCCCCAUCUAAACACCCGGUAAAACCAGGAAGCCCUCAGCCAACCAAACCAGGCUCAAAUGGAGGAAACUCUGGCAAACCAUCUCUAUCCCAGCCCAGCCCGGAGGGCUCUGGCGCGAACUCUCUAGAGCAAUCUGAAGAGCAAAGCGAAGAAGCGAGGAACAGCAGGGAAACUGAGGAACAGAGCAAUGAAAGUGAUGAGGACUCCAGCAGAGGGCAGGAGAAAAAGAGCGAGGGAUCCCGAAGGACUGAGAUUAUCAACAAGUUGAAAAGUAAGCUGCUUUAAUACUGACCCGGGUAGUACGUAAGACAAAUUUUUGUGCAUACAGAACAUGAAUGUUCUCAGUGUUUAGUGUUAUAAAAUGUAUACCUAAACUGAAUGUGAAGAGCAGCAAAUAAAAAAGUGUCUAGUAAGGCCUGGGCCUGUUUCCAAAA